AUGGAGGAUAUUGAUGCCGAGAUACCUUGCCGCCUAUGCGGCGUUAGUUUCAACGUCUAUCGUUACCGAACCGAACAAGAACCCCCCUCAAGCAUAGGUAUAGGCUUAUGCGCUGAUCCUGAGGAAUGCCCCGACCAAGGGGGAUGUUACUUUGUUCAACAGGACUUGCCCCCCGAUGAGCAAAUCAAAUAUACUCCUUCCCACGUUAGGGAGUCAAACAUGUUGGAUACCGAUCAUCUUUUGGAACAUAUCGCGGGCCCAAAUUGCAAUCAAACUAUCGCCUACAAUGGACACCGCAUUUCAGCUGAAGAUAUGAAGGGCUGCAAUACAUUCCAGUGUCUGGUGUACAAGCCAGAAGACUGGCAACCACAAUCAGACGACCAAGAAUUUGAAGUAAAAGGCAACUACUUUCUGAGUGGUUUGGGUGACGAUAUGCCUAGCCAGAACACAAAUUGGCCAGGUAUCUUUCCUGCUCGACAUGGCACGGUUUCUCUUCAGGUCGAUUAUAACGACGAAAACGGGAUUAACGCGGACCAAUAUGGCAUGCCUUUCCACCCGACCUGCCUCGAGAUCUUCAAGCGCGUUUCUCUGUACCGCUAUGGUUUCGUGGAUAUGCAAGGUCUGACGCUUUGGUGGACGCGUGCACAUAGUUCUAGUAUCACCGCUGCUUUCCCCCGAGAGCAGGCUGUCAAAUCAUCUUUCAAGGAUAGGCAUUGGCAUCACGAGCUAGGGAAUGAAUACCUUGCUGCCAAUCCAUGUCUUAUACCCAAGUUCCAGUCGAUACUCCAGGCAUGCCAAGAUAUGGACAGCUCAGACUCCGACGUAACAUUGGCAACAAUCUCAACAACAGUCUCAAGAGAAGACAAAGAAAGCAGUCGGCUUUUGAAACUACCCACCGAGGUAGUGCAUAAUAUACUACUCUACCUCGACUUGAAGGACUUGGUCAACCUGAGACUCACAUCCCGGUUGUUUCUACAGUUGCCAAACCAUGUUCUCUACGAGCUGACACUUCGCCUCACCCCAUGGCUAUACGAGGCGUGGUCUUCACUGCCUCUAUCCUUCUGGGCAACCACAACAGAAGAGGUGAUGGGAGAGGAAUGGGACACCACCAGCAAUUUCGAGAGAGGCACUCACCCUGACAUGCCCGUCAACCAGCUCAGUCGGACAGGGACGAACUGGCUCCAUCUGCAUGCAGAAAUUGCCCGAAAUCGGGACAAGCUAUCUGGGCUACGGAAUCGACGUAGAAUCUGGAAGGAUUGCGAAGAAAUUCUGAAUCGGGUGGAGAAACUCCGGGCUAAUGGUCACACCACAGAAAUGCGUGAUGCCGAUUGA